AUGAUUUUUGAGAAGGAUGUGUGGGAUCCUUUGAUGGUGGCUAAUUUAAUUACGGACCGUUUUUGGGAAUUUUUGAAUGUGCAGCAGAAAUGCAAGCCGCUAGUUUCUCCUUUGCAUUCUAUUGUGUCCUAUAACCAUUGGACUCGUCUGUUGCAUAACGAGAUUAAAUGUAAUGUGGAUGCAAGUUUUUCAAAGUCUUCUCGGUUAGGUGGUGGAGGGGCGGUGUUUCGGAAUUCAAAUGGUUUUGUUGUGAAAGUUGUGAUUUUUAAGUCGCCUUCUUCUUUUUCUGUGCUUGAAGCUCAAGCUUACGCUUUCCGCCGUGCUAUUUACUGGGCUAAAGUGUUUAAAUUUCAGGAUGUCUGUUUUGAGUCGGAUGCUAAAGUGGUGGUGGAAGCCUUAACGGGUGUUCUAUCUGGAGAGAGUGCGUUUGCUUCUUUGGUGUCUGUUAUGCAAAAAGAGCUUCAAGAUUUUCCUACUUUCUCAAUUAUGCAUGUGCGACGGUUUAGUAAUCAGGUCGCUCAUACAUUGGCAUGUUUAUCGUGUGUUGAGAUGGAAACGGACUUGGUGCUUCAGUCCAUGCCUUCAUCAGUCCUUAAGUUUUUGGAGGAGGAUGUUGCUACUUGA